CUAUCUCUCCAGCUGGAAUGAGUUAGGAAUUAGGAUCGCUUGCUUGCCAGCUAAGAACCGAACAGUUUUCAAAUCAUGUCAAUAUCUCCUAGUUUCUCGGCACAGAAGGUUAAAACCUUUGUCAGUGAGUCACAGAUAGAGGAAGAGAAGAAGAAGAGGCAGGAAGAGUGGGAGAGGGUUCGAAAACCAGAUCAACCACUUAAAGUCCCAGAGCCUCCAAUAGACAAUCGAUGCUUGUACGAUCGUCUGAAGGAGCAGAGAGAUAAAAAGCAAGAAGAUUAUGAAGAGGAACACAAAUUCAAGAAUCAGAUACGAGGUCUGAAUAGUGAGGAGACAACUUUUCUGUCAGAAGUCAGUCAGAGGCAGAUGGAGAUGGCUCAAGAGAAGAUUCAGGAAGAGAAGGAUCUUAUUCAGGAGUUCAAAGAAUAUAAGAAAGUAAAACCUGCCAAGGAAACAAGUCUGUCGAGUAAACCUAUGACAUCAUCGUCAUCAACAUCAUCGUCAACAACAUCGUCAGCAGCUGCAAAGUCAUCACUUUUGUCAUCAUCAUAUCAGAGCCAGUUGCUUGCUGGGGCUGUGAAGAGGAAAAAAUCAACAGAAUCUCCAACAGUGAGCAAAAAAUUUAAAGAUGACAAGCAUGAAGCAUCCCUCUCAACAGCUGCCAACAAUCAAGACAGCAACGUUGCAGGUGUUCUGGCAGCAGGUGACUGCAAAAAAGACAAGGCGGACAGGGCAAGCCACACAACAGACACUACUUCAGCCACCAAUGGACACAGAGGCUGCUGUCCUGACAAGUUGACCAUUGUAGGCUACCUACCUGGCCUCGCUGACUACCCCUCAUCUGAUGAUUCCAGCAACAGCUCCUCCAGUUCAGAAUCUGAGUUGGAUAGUUCACUGCUGGGGAAGAGGGGAGUGACGAUGAAGGAUGUUGAAAAGGCCUACAAGAACAUUCGUAACAAUAUUUAACUCUCUGUCUCCUCUAUUCAGUUCAAUUCACUUGACUGACUUAAAUUAUCAAAUGAUACACACUACCAAUUUUGGCAAGUCUUCAACAUUUUGCUGAAAUAUUAUUGGAUCUGUGUUUAUUUCUGAUAUAUAUAUAUAUGUUGGUAAUAGAUCAUAAUUUUUACAAUAUUCUAUGAAUUCUACCGAAUGUUUGGCGUUAAUAUGUUUGUAGUUGUUUUUUUCGAUUUACGAACUACAAACAUAUUAACGCCAAACAUUCCGUAGAAUUUAUAGAAUAUUGUAAAAAUAUAUAUAUCUAUAUAUAUGUUAUACAUCUAUAUAUAUAUACACUCAUUCUUUGUUUCAGCAUUGUCCAAAAUUGCUUUGCAAGCACGUAAUUCAUUCUUUGUUAGAAUAUAUUAUAUUCGUAUAUAUAUAUAAAUAUAUACGCAUAUUAUAUAUAUAUGUUUAUAUAUAAGCGUGUAUAUUUAUAUUUAUUUUGUCAGAUUAAUUUUUCUAUAUGUUCUACAAACUAGUUCUUAUUUUCAUACAUCGUUUCAUCUCGUCGAUACGAUGAAGUAUGCUUUGCAUGACUUGAAAAUAAAUCCCCCAACAAUUUUGUUUACCAAAUGCUCACCAAAGGCUCACAAGGUACUUGGAGAAUUCUUCGCCAAUCCUUGUUACGAACAUGAACAUAAGUUGCGGUUGAUACUUUCAAAGGUUACAACCAAAGUGUCGGAUUGGAUUCGGAUAAAAAAUAUCCAACUCCGACAUUUUGGAUGCAACAAUACUGACAAAUGACAAAUUUAGUUGGGCAUCACUGUGUGAAUUAUUUUUAUCUCAAUUACAUCUUGAAAUUCUUGUCGAGUGGUUGUCGCAAUGACUGAAUUUUCGAUGUAUUUUAUGACGAUCGUUCGAGAAUGUUUUAUUUGAUUUGAGGCUGAAAAAUAUUAGAAUUGAGUCAAACGAUUAUUUGUUCAAAUAGGAUGGAAUGAUAAAUUGCUAUGGCGAAUUGACAUUUAUUCACGCAACUCUAUGACAUUCCUGGCUGUAUAUUUAACACUUUUUCCUAUUAAUACUUAAUAUUUUUCAUUCAGAAGAUUAAAAAAACAACGACACUACACGUUC